AUGCCGGUCACGCCCCCGCCUGACGCGCCCGCCAAGCGCCUCCGCGACGACGACGAGCUUCCGAGCGACGCGACAGCCAUGCUUGCGGACGUCGGCCUCGAGCGCAAGCGCAAGCGGCUCAUUAAUGCGAGCUUCAUCUGGGAGCACUUUCGCAAAUCCGAGGACAGAAAGUCCAUCGUGUGUCUUCACUGCAUCCCCGAAGGCUCGACGCGCUUUGCCUACUCUGGUGGCACGUCGACGAUGAACCGCCAUCUGCGCCGGAAGCAUGGCAUCUACGCGCCCGGCAAGUGCGCCGAGGACUACGAGCCAAGCGAGAGCGGGAGCAGUGUUCUCCGCCUGCCGUUGGCGAUCGUCCCACCGAGCGCAUCGCCCGACCUCGGCGAGAGCACCAAGGCCGCCGCCGCCGACGAGAGCAAGCUGCCGAUGCGGCCGACGAAGCAGUCCAUGGCGCAAACCCAGCAAUGGAUCCACUACGCUGUCACGCAGUACGCACCGCUCGAGAUGGACCCGGACCUCCACCAGCUGCUCAAGUCCAAGGCCACCGGGUCGUUCCAGUCGCUCCAAGGCCCAGCGCUCAUUGCGAUGCUGCGGGAAGCGGCGCUCUCGCUGCGAAGUGCGCUCCAUACCUUCCUCCGCCGGCAGUGCGCACUCGACGUCUCGCUCGUCGGUGGCGACCGGCCGUUCGAGCUGUGGUUCCAGGCGCUGCUCGAGUCGUACGGCCUCGAGUCGCACCUUGUGGCCGUCACGCUCGGUCGCGACUGCCCGCUGGCGGCGCUGCAGGCGUCGUUUCCCAAUAUUGUGUUUGUGCCGUGCCUGCUGCACCAGCUCGAGGACCUGGUGCGGUCAAUCUUUGAUGUCGCCGCUGACGUGCUCCAUCGGUGCCGGGAGGUCCUACUGCGGAACCCGCGCCACAACACGCCGCUCGACACACCAGCGACGUCGUGGUGGUCGACCGGCGACAUGAUCUCGCAGGUCGUCGCCGCCGAGAGUCUCUGGAGAAACGAGCUUGCCGCCGAGGACUGGGCGACGCUCAAGGACAUGGCCGAGGUGCUCGUACCCAUCCAGUCGCUCUUGCAAAACUGCCUCGUCGAGUCGAGUGUGCUCGAGCCGCUGGCGUCGCUCGUCUUUGCCAUGCUGCACGGCAUCGCCAAGCGGCUCCGCAGCUGCAAGUCGCCGAUCCAGAAAGCGCUUGCGACCGGCGUUUCGGCGCUCUUGAAGCACGCGCCGCCCAUCUGCCACGUCAUUUGCGCCGUGGACCCACGGUUCAAGACUUUGCCGUUUUUGAGUCCGAACGAAAAGCACGCGGCGUUUGUGACGCUCAGCGCGUCGAUGGAAAAGCCUGCCUCCGACUCGAGUGACGCCGAGGCGUCGGCGCCGUGCUUGCCGAAGCGCGGCAAAGACAGCCUCAUGAUGGCGUGGAGUGACAUGUACCCGUUCGAAGACAGCUCGGCGCUGCCCCUCCAAGCGACCGUCCAGACGUACUUGGACGCCGCAACGUCCUUGACGGCGGCGUCGCCGACCGACCUCGUCGACCCGCUCGCGUGGUGGAAGGUCAAUGUCCAUGUCUUUGGCGACAUGGCGACGCUCGCGAGAUCGUAUCUGAGCGUGAGCCCGUUCUGUCUGCCGGUGCAAGAUGUGCUCUCGCCGUCGCUCCGGACGCGGAAGCUCCAGCUGCCGACGCACCUCCUCGACGUUGUCCUCUUCUUGCGCAGUGCGCUGCAUGUACCCGAGCUCCAAGACCACAACAACAAGUACAUGACCACGAUGGUAUGA